GCUUGUUUAAAUUCGCGCUGUCAUUAUGUUAACUGCUUCCCGCGCAUUUUGACAUUUGCCGCCAUAUUGAUUUCUUUUUGAUGGUGAAAAAAGCUUGAUGAUGAAUUGUGACGAAUAAUGAAUUGAUUAAUUGAAAUAAUUUUUAUAAAUUGGAGUUUUUUGGAAUUGUAAUUAUUAAAUAUAUCGAAAAAAUAAUUACUCAUAAUUCUUGUUGAGUGAAAACUUUUGAAUUACUAUUAUUUGGAUUGCAAAAUAACACAAUGGAAUAUAUAAGUGCCAUGGUCUAUCUUAUACUUGGUGUAGUGCAAGCCCAGGACAUCUCCACGCCAUCCAGCCUCCUCCAGCCAAGAGAUUACAGUCGUCAUCCUUACCAGAUCAGACAGUACUUAGAGGAAGUGACGCCUGAACCGACGAAGCAAGGUCCAGUCCUCUUCCCGAACGACGCCCCCCCACCACCGCGACCUCCCCUGGUGGUGACAUCUCGCCCUCUCGCAGAAUCCGUAGCCAGAAGUGAACUGAACAACACGGCAGCAGCUUCCACAUAUAUACGACCCGUGUAUCGACAGAAUUUUAAUGGAUUCCGAUUAGCUACUCAGCCACCCGCAUCACAAUACAAUGCCCCAGAUCGUGAUCUCGACUAUAAUGAGGGACAGAACUACGCAUUCUCGUACAUUGUAAAAGACCAAAAGACCGGUGACGACUUCUCCCACAAGCAAGAAAGCUCGGGCUCCGCAACCAACGGGGAGUACAGGGUUCGACUCCCGGACGGCAGAGUGCAAAUAGUUUCAUAUACAGCAGACGAAAAUGGCUACAAAGCUAACGUUAGAUAUGAUGAUGAAAUAAAACCCAAUGUUAAUUAUAUGAACAACUACAAAGAUAAUUAUAAUACAAAUAUCAAUAUCAAAGACAAUUAUAGUGCGAAUCAAAAUUAUAAAAUCAAUGAUAAUUAUAAUCUCAAUUAUAACCUUAAUCCUGUAAACAAAGCUAAUAAUUACGAUUAUAAUUCAUUCAACUAUAGAGACGAAAUACCAGUUAAAGAAAACGUAUACGACUCUAAAGAAUAUUACGAUUACUCAGCUGAGAAUUAUAAACACCCAGAUGACUAUCUGUUCCAUCCAUCCACGACUCUCACACCUUUUCAUCCAUCCACGACUAUCGGACCUUUUCAUCCAUCCACAACGAUCAAACCUUUUAUUCCUUCCCUGUCAUACAAAUUUACUCCAAAACCUGUUUCCACAGUACGGCCAUCGUAUGAUGACAUAAAGCAUUUGUUCACAACGCCAAAUUACGUAAAUAAUAUAGAAGUAAAUAGUCCUUCAUCAUACAAAUUUAAUGAUGUGGUUCGGAUUGGGGGUAAACAGAAUUACAUUAACAAUUUAAUAUCUACAACACCAACCUCUUAUAUAGUAUCUUCUGUAAACAGCGCGACUGAGCGCAUUAAUUCAAAACCAGUUCUGUCCGAUAGUUUUUAUACGCGAAUCAAUAAAUAUUUGAGUUUCAAAAAGAAAUAAAUACAUAAAUCAGAUUUCUCAUGAAAAUCACGAAAACGAAUCAGUUCUCUUC